UUAGAAGCUACUACAGCUUUUUCGUUUAGCUUUAGCUAUCGUGUCGUGCUGAAUUUACAGCCGACGUACUCUGUAGAGGUAAAUAUGAAAUUUUGGCGCUAUUAAUUGGCCCAUCCGUUCUACAUUUAAAUUGUUGACGAAAUGGAGAAUGUAGAAAUACCAACAUUCGGGCAUCCACUACAUCUCGGGAUGUUCUUUGACGCCCGCUCCCAUUGCCAAUCCAACAUCUCUUUCAAUCUUGGAGAUUUCGUCGAUAUUUCUAAGCUACGGUUCGAAAGAAGAGAAGCGUCUUCCAGUGUUACCGUCAUCGGCUCCAAUUCUCCCGCUAAUAAACUAACCGAUCUGGAUGUGGAUGACAACAGCGCGUUAAGCGUUCUUACGGGAUUAUGCUCGCCAACUGGUUCCGCGUCGUGGAUCACCGAUGACGACAUUGACUGGUUACAUGAAGUGCGUUGCACUUUACACUAUCGACAAUAUACCCACAUGGACGGAUUAACCGAUAGUCAACUGCAUCUCGACCGCAUUACGUUUCCGGCUGAUUUCGAUCAGGAUUCCGCAACCCAUGUGGUGGUAGCGUUGACCUAUGGUGUCGAUGUGUUUACUACGUUUUCUGUGAACUGCACCGACGCCGGGCGGAUUGGGGAGACGCGGGUGCAGUUGAAGAAAUUAGUCGGACGCGUGAAAAGCGUCCUCGACGGUCAGCACGACGAGAGUUAUGCUUUGGAUUAUCUGGCAGGUGUGCCGUGGGUUAAUGAUCUGGUUUGUACGUACACCGGUGAUGUCAUACCGAAACAACCGGCUCGCGAUGUCGAGACGUGUCUGUCGUUUCAUAAGAAUAUUCCUAUUAUGCUGAAAGUCAAUGAAGUGCAGGUGCCGUUGUUCGCAUGGCUCAAACCGUUGCGUCCUAUGCCAUUUAACCAAAGCAUUAUCACAGAUACGAUAAAGGUCAUCAAGGAGCUGGAAGACAUCGAUACCGCGGUGCGGCAACUGAAUUUGUCGAUCUGCGCAAAAAUGAGACUGAACACGGCAUCCGACGAUUUUCUCGCUCUCUUUGACAAAUAUUGCACAGAUUUUAAGGCAUCGGUAAAAGGUCAUCUUCCGGAUGUGCGAAGUGGAAAACCUACAGAAGAACUUGAAAAACUCUUGCAGAAACACUAUCGUUCGUCGUUCUCGAAGCUUAAGAUUAUGAAGUUUUGGCGUAUCAGGCAGGAAGAGGAAGACGCAAUUAAGAAGAAAUUUGGAAUGCUUUUUGAUUUAAAAAUUUAUUCUGCGGAUGAAGCGGAAGAGCCAAAUAACAGCGAAGAAAUAAAUUAUUUGGUUUAUCUGCGGUUGUAUGAGAAACAGUUCAAGUAUGAUUUUGCCAGCGUAACGGAUGAGCAAAUACCAAAAAUAUUGUGGUUUGAAAGUGAGGAGCAGCUGGAUAAACUAGACAAUGUGCUGAUGCAUUUCAAAGCCAUACGUGGACUUUCCUGUUUAAACGAAGCGGUCGACUUCAAGAUCAGUUGGUGCGCCGAAGAAAAUAAUGGCACUCCGUGCGAAAUUGUCGCGUACUGUCUAAAGCCAUCCUCAUCGGUAAACUUAACUAUGUGGAAUCCCUGGUGGAAAGGCCUAAAGGUCAAGAAGAAGUUGGGACGCUCUAUCCUGGUCUCCUGGAAGUUUCCCAAAGAAAUUGACUUUAUAAACGGUUUUGUGCUGAAGUGGAAGAAGAAAGAUGAUAAAAUCUUUAAUUCGUUGGUUAUUGAGAAAUCUCGGAGGAAACAUGUCCUGUCCAGUCUACUCGCCGGUGUCGAAUACGAUAUCUGCGUUACCUGCGUGGACGUCUUUGAUCAAUACCACAGCUCGGAGUCGGUGCGGGUGUUGCUGAAAUCAUUCUCUGUGGAGUACAGGAAACUUUCUAAUGCUGUACCGGCAAUGGCAACGUCGGCCGCGGUUACAGCAGACGUAGAUUCGACGGAUUCCAAGGAAUGGGACAAGAUUUCGCUUAGCGAGGAAAAAGGCGCAUACGAUGGCUCUUGAUUUUACAUUUUCUUAAAUCGUAAUUUUUAAUUACAAUUUUGCAAAUAACGCCUUCAAAAAUGCGCAAAGCGAUAUUUACGGAUAUUUUUAUAGAGAACGAUAAAGAGUAGCACAG